AUGGCGUUUCCAGUUUAUCAGUUACUUACAAUUCUAUUUGUAUUGAAUAUUAUUAUUAUUGUAAAUGCUGAACAGUUUAAUCGAUGGUCAUCUGGAAAGUGUGAACCAAUUAGGAUACCACUUUGUCGGGAUAUUGGUUACAAUAUGACAAAAUAUCCAAAUUUAUUUGACCAUCAAAAACAGGAAGAUGCUGGUCUGGAGGUUCACCAAUUUUAUCCCUUAGUCAAGGUAGACUGCUAUAAACAUUUACGAUUUUUUUUAUGUACACUUUAUGUACCAAUUUGUCAAGAAAAUUACGAUAAAUGGAUAAAACCGUGUAGAGAGGUUUGUUUGGCUGCAAAAAAAGGCUGUGAACCAUUGAUGAUACAGUAUUCGUUUGAGUGGCCAAAAAAUCUGGAAUGUGAUGAUCUGCCAAAAAUGAGUGAACAACAAGAGACUGGAAACGUUUGUGCUGCACCGCCAGAUACACCAGAUCCCAGUACCUUAGACGAUGAAAGAAGAUAUCCAUUGUUUAAUUUGGGAAAUACUCAAUGCAGUUGUCAGUGUGUUCAUCCGUUUCAUACAGUCUCCGACAGGGCUUCAUCUGUUGCAAAUGUGUCCGGUUGUGCAUAUCCAUGUUAUACACUAACAGAUGAUGUUCAUAACAAAAAUUUUAUUACUGCAUGGAUUGCAGUCUGGGCUGGAACAUGUUUUGUAUUAUCGGCAUUUUCAAUUGUCACAUUUCUGAUUGAACCUGAAAGAUUCCAAUACCCAGAGAGACCAAUCUUCUUAUUAGCAUUUUGUCAGAUGAUGGUCUCUGUGGGAUUUAUCAUCCGUGUUUUCUACGGCCAUGAGAAUGUUGCCUGUGAUUCAAAUACGAUACGCUCCAAUGAUUAUCAAAUUAACUCUUGCCAAAUUGUAUUCUUCCUAGUUUACUAUUUUGGAAUGGCUGGAUCGGUUUGGUGGGUAGUUCUGUCAUUAACUUGGGUGUUGGCUGCAGCAAGUAAAUGGUCCAGUGAAGCAAUUGCUAGUUAUGCACAUUAUUUUCAUAUCAUUGCCUGGACAUUACCAGCUUUACAAAUUUUUGCUGUAUUUAUUUUUGGCGCAGUUGAUGGCGAUCCAAUAAGUGGGAUAUGUUAUGUUGGUAAUACCAAUGUUACGCAUUUGAUGUGGUUUGUAUUUGUUCCAUUACUGGUGUACUUUGUUGCUGGUGUCGGAUUUUUGGGAGUAGGUUUUGUGCAUCUUUGGAGAAUUCGUUCAAUAAUGCAGCGACGUCAUCAGGGAAUUGAUAAUACCUCAAAAAUGACCCAGUUGAUGUCCAAAAUUGGAAUCUUUUCUGUUCUUUAUAUCGUGCCAGCAUUUUUUGUACUUAUGGUUCUGUUGUACGAACGGCACUAUCGACCACUGUGGGAAAAAUCUCGUCUCUGUAACUGCGCUGAACAGUUGGAUUUGGAAACGAACAAUACAUGGAAUCUUCUUGUUCUUAUCAAAACAGCAUCAAUGUUAAUUGUUGGAUGGACAUCUGGUGUAUGGAUUAUAUCAGCUAAAACUGUUCAAAGUUGGAAACGAGCCUUAUGCUGUUUCAAUGGACGACAAGCAGGUAACAAAUAUCAACCGGCUGAGAUGAUCUAUGCGCCAAGCGAUUCUAAUACACUGCAGGUGUAUAAUACAAAGGCUUUGCGGCAUUGUAGGCCUUACAAUAACAGUCCAUUAUUGCCGGAAAAAUGA